UCAUCCUCUGGCCGCGUUCGACUCCUUACACCCCCGCAAUCGUAGCUGUCUACCAACGCGUUGCUCUGGGAGGAGUUCCUUUGUAAAGAUUGAGCGCACACCAUGUCUUUGCUCUCGGAGCGACAGAAGGAGGAACUUCACAAGUCCAUCCUGGAGUAUUUGCACACAAACAACUUCACGGAUGCAUUUAACUCCAUGAAGUCGGAGACCGGCAUUGACUAUAAGCCGGACCCCAAGGCGAAAUAUGCAGGAUUGCUGGAGAAGAAGUGGACGAGCGUGAUACGGUUGCAGAAGAAGAUCAUGGAUCUGGAGAACCGCAAUGCUGCAUUGCAAGAGGAGCUGUCCCUUUCUCCAGCCAAGCGCGCCCAGAUGCAGACGGACUGGGUUCCGAGAGCACCUGCAGCAUAUGUUCUGACCGGACAUCGCGGACAAGUGCUCAGAGUCGCUUUUCACCCUACGUUCAAUCUGAUCGCGUCCGCCAGUGAAGACGCAACGGUGAAGAUAUGGGACUGGGAGACCGGUGAAUUCGAGCGCACGUUGAAGGGGCACACACGAGCCGUCAAUGACGUUGACUUUGACAGCAAGGGCAACCUCUUAGUCACUUGCUCUUCGGAUUUGUUUAUCAAGAUUUGGGACGUACAGAACGAUUGGCGAAACACCAAAACAUUUCCCGGCCAUGAACAUACCGUAUCGUCUGUCCGAUUUAUGCCUGGCGACCAGCAAAUCGUUAGUGCGAGUCGAGAUAGAACAAUAAGGAUCUUUGAUGUCGCCUCUACACAUCUCGUCCGCACCAUCAUGGGGCAUUCAGAUUGGGUCCGUUGUAUAGAGCCAUCUGAUGAUGGUCGCUUGAUAGCAAGCUGUUCCAAUGAUCAGACGGCCCGCAUCAGCGAUCCUCUCACUGGCGAGACGAAGAUGGAAUUCAGAGGCCAUGAACACACCAUAGAGGUGGUCGCAUUUGCCCCCAUCGUUGCUUACACAGCAAUUCGUGAGCUGGGUGGUCUUCCAGACAAAGAUCGAACGAAGCGGUCUGGUACAUACCUCGCCACAGGCUCUAGAGACAAGACAAUCAAGAUUUGGGACACACAAAGUGGACAGAUGAUCAGAAGUCUGGCUGGACACGACAACUGGGUGCGGGCACUCGUCUUCCAUCCUACAGGCAAAUUCCUCCUGUCCGCCUCGGACGACUAUACAAUACGCGUAUGGGAGUUAUCAACGGGGCGUUGCGUCAAAACUGUGCAAGCGCACGGUCACUUCGUCACAUGUCUAGCAUGGGGACGACAGGCAGGCGCACAAACCGCCGACGCCUCACCUAAGACAAACGGCGCGUCAGCAGACGGCAAGCCCCCCGAGACGGAGAAGUUUGUGAAUGUUGUUGCUUCUGGGAGCGUGGACCAGACUAUCAAGAUCUGGCUCCCAUGAAGCGUGGAAGAUGGAUGGACGGAUAAUUCUACUUUCUGUGAGCGCAAGUUAAUCGCUGACUGUUUGUUCGUUUGCUGUCGCUGAAUACUAGACGUAUGGUAAUUGUGGGUCUUCUGCAUAUAUCGGUUCGGGCGGUCGGACCAGCCUUGUACAGUCGUUAAUCCCUUGUUACCCUUUUUAAUGCCUCCGACUCCAACUACACUCUCGCUGCUCGUCUGCUGCAUCCCUGUUACCCUUGUUGAGUUCGCAUCUGCACGCAUACCCAGCAUCAUGAAAUAUAUAUGUCGAAC